AUGUUCUGCUUCAAGCAACAUCGGAGAAGCGGAGCUGGAGAGGGUGCCUCUAGCGGCGACGCCUUCACGCUCGGAUUCCCAGGAGCAGAAAAAGGGAGAGGAAGAGAGGCCAUGAACUGCCCCGCCGUAUCGAAGAGGCCAGGACGCACAGGAUGGCUGCAUUUUCAGGGGAGGUGCUUUCCGUCGUGCAUCAGCUCAAAACAUCUGUCGAAGGUGAAAAGACACCACAAAGCCGAAGCCUUGACAGGGACCGGAGUGUGUGGCACGGAGGGAAAUCAAGGAAACCUCGACAGCGACGACGGCCAAGGAACAGUUCUCCCGUGUGCUGCUGAGUCAGAUUCUUUGAUGUCCACCGUUUUCAAAUCAGAGAGACGCUCUCUUCCAGACAGACCUUCAGUGCAGUUUUUGCCCGAGCAGGCAGCAGCUAGACAAACAAAGGUGGUGGUGAGCAAGGACUGGACAGCUGCAGCAGACAGGGAACGAUGGGAAGCACUAGCUAGUGGGAAAUCGAGAACGCCAAACGGAGAGCUGUUGAACCCAGAAGGCAGAGAACUCGUAAUUGGGCAGAAGAAAAACAGGAACGAAACAGACAUAAAGGAUCCCAUAUCUCUCCCUGCUGCGGAUUUUCCUUAUUUCUUGACGGUUUUGUUGAGCGAGGGUGAAACGUACGUAAAUCAGAAGACGGCCCGUCGAGGGGAAAGCAGUGACAGCGGUGUAGUGAAAGACCGGAACUGUGACUCACUGCCUGCAGCACGCUUUACGAGAGGAGAAUCUGUGUCGGGAACGGGGUUUCAAGGGGGGUUCGCAUCCGUUGAACUACGAACUGAAGAGGGAAAACGCGAGACACCCACUGUGAGCGAUUUUGGACUCCACGAGGCUUCCACACAAAAGUGGGAUCGCGUGUUCCAUGGAGAAUAUGAAAACUGUUUGGUAGAGAGAAGCAAGUACCAAUACGAGUGCCGACAAGAUGGCGUAAGCGACGAAGAUACGUUUGUUUCUGGGGAGGAACCCUGUGAUGAAAAACACACUGGCCCUACAGCAGCGUGUGCCGGCGACGACUGGAGCUGUUGCCGCCCAAUAGACACAAACAUCUUUGACCUUCCUGGCUCUCUAACGGAACCAUUUCGUCUCUGUUCUGCUCCCUCGGAGAGCUCUGGGAUUUGUUGUACAGUGUUUGAGAGAUCCACAUGCUCGCAAUCUUCAACGCGAGAAGAUGUGUUUGCAUCUCGCGAGGACCCGCUGGCGUGCCAGAGAAAAACGCCCAGCGUGCCGCCUCCAGGCGAGGGCAUGCUAGCGUUUGGACCGAAAGGUUUUCCCGCUUCCUGUCCGUGGCCAGUGGAGGGAAGAGAACGGGAAAGUUUCAGCUCUCUUCGGGAGAAGGACGAAAUGCAGAAAGGAAGACAGUUUCACACAGCGAAACGAAUGUUAAGAACCAAUGCAGAGGAAAUGAUCGGCAGAAAACGAGUCAGAAUACGGGGCGUCUGUAGGAAGCGGUACACCCGCAUUCGAUGUGGGGAACACGAUAUGAAGGAGUUCAAGAGUAGAGAAAGGAAAGAGGACGGUCUCAGCGAUCUCUCUAGAAAGGCGGCUUGCUGCUCACGAGACGACUGGCUGCAAACGGAAACAAUGCCGCUAACCCCACAUAGCUAUAGAAGUCCUUCCCAGAACAGUACCUCGUUGUUUUCAGUUUCUCGGUCGUCCUGCUCCUCGAGACACACUCAGACCAGUCACCCCUGGACGGUCCGUCACCACUCCGGUGGCUCUCAAAAGCGGCUGACUGCACUGUUGCUGCCUCGCGAUCGGACAGUCCUCUCUUCAUCAGAGAGGAAGGGAUGUCCAAGCCAGACUGACUUUGACGAUGAAGACGUCCCGUUUUCACCUUCCUUUUGCGUUUUCGUCUCUCCCGAAGACACGACAGGCCCAGAAGAGGGUGAAGCGCAACGCCCGUUGUCGUGUCAAGAAACAUCAGGGUUCACGCCAUUUGCAACAGGAGACUCCGGCAGAAUGACUUCAGAAGUCCCCGAAAACGUUUUUCUCCCCUGCCUGCACAACCGUGCCGAAAGCCUUUGUAGCUCGGGAAGCAACAGCGUGCAUUGUGACGAGGAGCCUCAUGCAGGUACAGAUUUGAAGGGACCAUCAGUUUCCAUUGAAAGUGCGCAGAGUGAGGUACCCGACUACUGUCUGCGACAACGCAGCGAAUUUCCCGACGGCAGAAAAGAGUUGUCGGGAACCACGUGCGUGAUGGACGAGGUAGCAGGUAAUGCCGGCUCUGUGGAGGCAGAUAGAGAACACGAUGAGAGAGAACAUCCGAGUUCCUCGGACAACAAGGCAGGGUUGGAGGUUGCUGCUUCAUCCAGGGAAGGAGUCCGAGGAAGACGAGAAAAAAGAUCCAAACGAAGGAGACUAUCGUUGACAACCGUUUCUGAUCCUCCUCCGCUCUACCCAGAAACUCUGGCUCCUCCUUGGGAGAAAGGCGAAUUAACAUCUGCCUCGACCAACCAUCACAGGCGUCCUGCUUCACAUCAGGCGGCUGUUUCUGUCGAGGGCGUCAGCUGUUCCAGGUCCACGUCUCACAGAUCUGCUCCAAAGGACGAAGACUGUGCGUCUCAGAUGCAAGAGGAUGGAAAUCAGGCGAAAUCUCCGUCACAGCCGGAGACACUGCUUUCCACAGACGGAGGACGUUCGCAAACGCCUGAAGCAGAGAACAAGCAGACCUGGACUGAGACAGAAAGAUUUAUUUCUGUCGUUGGCGAAGGUCUUGUGAGUGUUCUCGGGAGAGGUGCCGAGACACUCCAAAACAUACUCGUUGAAAGUUUGCUACAGAGCUGGGUAGAGGAGCCUGCAGGCGCCGCCGCCGAUCAGAGCCUGGAGGACGAGGGAACCCGAGAUGGAUCCUGUACGAAACCAAGGAGACGAAAGCGCCCGCUUGCCGACUUUUCUUGUUCCUCACCGUAUUCCUGCAACAGAGAGGUAACUUGUUUGUCCUCAUCGUUUUCUUCAUUCCACAAAGACUUCUGCAAAAAAGAAGCCGUCUGGGGAGUCUGUGGUGGCCGACGGGACGAGUGCGGAGGCACCGGGCUGACCAGGAGCCCGGUUUGCUUUAAGAUUGACCACCGGGAAGGAGCCGAGGCGAUAAUGGGCCAUUUUAUGCAUCCUACCCAGGAUCGAGAACGUGGUUUACUGCACAUAUCUCUGAAAAAAGUCCCAGAUCACUCUUCCUCGUCUUUUCCAUGUUACAUUUCUCCACAGAAGAGGCUGCUCCGGUUGCAAUGCCCCUCGUCUUCCCCACUCGCCUCUCCUUGUUCCCGGCCUGCUCAACCCCCGAACUGUUUCUUUCCUCUACAAGCAGUGCCGUCGUCCGUACCCUGUAUCUCUCGUGCGGUGCCCAGAGCAACCGAGACCGGUGAGGUACCCUGUUCUCCUGUUCCUUCCUUUUUGUCUCCGACGCCCGCUGUUGGUGAACCCUCCGAAACAUCUGCCUGUCUCUCUGCUGCUCUCCCGCGGGCAACGCCCCACCGAGAAAAUGGUCAGCAACAGGUAGACCGUCCCCGCAACGCUUCGCGCCCUGUUCGCGGGGAGUCGUCCAGUUUGAGGCGAGCAGGAAGAACGGCGCCGCAUAGUGAAACAGCGAAACUCGAGGUCCUGAAUCGGUGUGGUUCCUCGGAGUUCUCCAGUCUCUCGUGGCCUGCAGAAACUCGGAAAUCGUGUUUCAGGGCGCCGUGUGUCGACGGCGCGGGUCCGUCACCUAGUCUAGUGGCAAACAACAGUCGAAUUCCGGGAGGAAAGAGAGAAAGAACUUACAAGGAAGAAAUAUCUGCAGGUGUGAAAUUCGAUCCAAUUCGGGCUGGCCGUAGACUUCCUCAUACUCGUGGCGAGAGGUAUUGGGAUUUCCGUUCGACACUUCGUUUCGCUGAAAACAAUGGACGUCCUGCGCCUCCGUCUUCGUCUUGUUUAUCCUUUUCUUCCUUUUCUUCUGCUUCGCCUUCUACACCGUAUUCAGCCGUAGUCUUCGGCAAACCCCCUGUUUCUUCUCCACCCUUCGCUUCUCCGUCACCCGUCCAUUCGUGGCCUUCUGGAGGAAGGCAGAUGAAACAAAAACGAACGCGAGGCAAGGCUCUGUGGAUACCUCUUUGCCCUCAGCCAAUUCCGGUUUCCAGGUUCCCCCUCUCGAGCAGAGGGUGUGGCUACACUGGGGCGUGGCCCACGGCAGGUGAGAGAAAGACGAAGGCGAGCCGGCCUUCUCCUCCGUUCUUUCUCGAGCGAAUUCAGAAGCCGUCCAGGUUCAAGGAAGUAGGUAGUCCCGGAGGAGUGAUACCCACGUCUCCCUGGCUGUUUUCUCAGUUGAACGCACGAGUACAGCCUAACCGUCGCUUUGUCGCUUCUCCAAACACUGCACCGGCAGCAGUUGGAAUUCACCACAGGCGAGAGUCACUUCCAGGGCGAAUACCCCAUUUUCAGCGAAUUGCCGAUUGCAGAAGAAUAAAACCCGUCUAUACAUACGAGGGGCGGCAUCUCCGUAUCGCUCAGAAUUCCCUUGAAAGCCGGCAUGCAUCAGGAACCGGCUCACACGCUGAUGUUGUAGCUUUCUCCUCUCAACGCACCACAGGAGUCGGGCAGUUCUUUGCUCCGAACGCGCUAUCCACAAAGGUCCAACGGAAGACAGCGGAAGAGACGGCACGGCUUCCCAACGCCUCAAAUGAGAACCAGCGAUGCGGACAAAUAGGGACACAAAAGACUGAACGGAACUACUCUUGUUUGUCUACAUCAGAAGCUUUCAACAGACUGAAUCGGAUAGAUUCGUACCGCUCCUUACAGGAAAUCUCCCUUCACGAAGGUGGCCGUACAGCGACGACAUGA